UUGCUUAUACUGAUGGUGCGAUCUGCCAUCAGGAGGAUGGAUGCAGGAAAGAGGUCUGCGCCAGACCCUGGAAGUGGAGCUUUUGGGGCAGGGAAUUCUGAGGUCCUGGGUCCUGGGAGCCUGCUCAGGAAUAGGGGGCAUGGACUCUGGGGGUCCAUGAAUCCUUGGCCAUGCAGAUGGCAUACCCCAUGGGGCAGGGUGCAGAAGGAGGUGGACCAGAAUCGGCCCUUGAAAGCAGAGCACCUCCGUCCCCCGGCCCUUGUCAGAGUCCAAGGGCAAUUCUGGGGGUCUUAGUUCUGGUACUAUAUUGGAGAAGGCUAGGAGGCAGAUAUGAGAUCUGUGCAAGUGGUGGAAAACUGGCCCAAUUUUCACUCCUUAAAUCAGUGUUUCUUAACCUUUUCUGCAGGCUCCUCACCUUUCAUAUGAGCAGUAUGCUGCCGUCAUAACAUGCGGUGAUCUCAUGAGGGAUCAUAUCAAAAGCGGUGGCCAAGGCAGUGAGAGGAGUGGUAUAUGGUGGCUCAAGGGCCUGUCAGCCACGGAGGUGCCAGUCGGGUGCAGCAGCUGCCACAGAAACAGCCCAACGUGCCAGAAGCCCCAGAUGUCAAGUUCAGCCGGGGAACAGGAAGCCGAAAACUGGAAUAUUAAUGCUGAACAUGGGAGGCCCUGAAACCGUCGGAGAAGUUCACGACUUCCUUCUGAGGCUCUUCUCGGAUCGAGACCUCAUGACACUUCCUGUUCAAAAUAAGCUGGGACCAUUCAUUGCCAAACGCCGAACCCCCAAAAUUCAGGAGCAGUACCGCAGGAUUGGAGGCGGGUCUCCCAUCAAGAUGUGGACUAGUAAGCAAGGGGAAGGCAUGGUGGAGCUGCUGGACGAGCUGUCCCCGCACACAGCCCCUCACAAAUACUAUAUUGGAUUCCGGUAUGUCCACCCGUUAACAGAAGAAGCAGUUGAAGAGAUGGAGAGAGAUGGGCUGGAAAGGGCGAUUGCUUUCACACAGUAUCCACAGUACAGCUGCUCUACCACAGGCAGCAGCUUAAAUGCCAUUUACAGAUACUAUAAUGAAGUGGGCAAGAAGCCCACGAUGAAGUGGAGCACGAUUGACAGGUGGCCCACACACCCCCUCCUCAUUCAGUGCUUUGCCGACCACAUUCUGAAAGAACUGGACCAUUUUCCACUUGAGAAGAGACGCGAGGUGGUCAUUCUUUUUUCUGCUCACUCGCUGCCGAUGUCUGUGGUCAACAGAGGGGACCCCUAUCCUCAGGAGGUGGGCGCCACUGUCCAGAGAGUCAUGGAUAAGCUGGGUUACUCCAAUCCCUACAGGCUGGUUUGGCAGUCCAAGGUUGGCCCGAUGCCCUGGCUGGGUCCUCUGACAAACGAGGCCAUUAGAGGGCUUUGUGAGCGGGGGAGGAAGAACAUCCUUUUGGUUCCGAUAGCAUUUACCAGCGAUCACAUUGAAACGCUGUAUGAACUGGACAUCGAAUACUCUCAAGUUCUAGCCAGCGAGUGUGGGGUUGAAAACAUCAGAAGAGCAGAGUCUCUUAAUGGAAAUCCACUGUUCUCGAAGGCCCUGGCCGACUUGGUGCACUCACACAUCCAGUCCAACGAGCGCUGCUCCACGCAGCUGACCCUGAGCUGCCCGCUCUGCGUGAAUCCCGUCUGCAGGGAGACCAAGUCCUUCUUCAGCAGCCAGCAGCUGUGACCCCGCCAGGGCGCCGCGGGGGUUUGGCAGGUGCCCAGCCUCCAGACACCUCCGAGGUGGAGGAGGAUGUAUUUAGCAUUAGGGAGGGAGUCACAUUGAUGUGGGCGUAGCCUUUGGCCACAAAUUGUGUACCUUCUUGAGGAAUGGACUCUGAAAUCCUUAUUGAGGGGUAUUUUUAUAGACCAAUACAGUAAGCAUUUAUAGUUCCCCUCUCUGGGUUAAGUUACUAGUUUGGAAUGUCCACUAGGCUAUUUUAAAAAUGAGUUUUAAAAAUUUAUCUUAUGAGAUGCACACGUAUUUUCAAUACCGAUUUUGGUUUUAUUGCCCCCCAAAACCCCUGCAGGGGUACGGAGAGUGCCCUCUGUGGGGCUGUCAGAGUGAGUGAGGUCUGUUUACAAUCUCAUACUUGUUUUUUAAAGUGAACAUAGUUGAGUAAAUGAAAUAUAAUUUGAAAAAAGAAAGGGUACCUAAUCUUUCCGUCAGCCCGUGGGUUACAGGAUGCUGGUCCGGUGAUGUGGUUCCUACAGUGGCUGCUCUUGCCGGUGACGUCACUAGUAAUCGGUCAUUUUGGUCCUUGUAUGUGAACCUCACUUUCCUCACCAUGAAACCGAAUCAAGUGUAGGUUCCUAAAGUGCUUUGAGAUUCCCCAGGCACACAGGGCUGAUAAACGUGUAGCAAUCCCGCAUUUGUCAUCCCCACCUUGGUGGGAAUCGUUGGUGCCACAGGAGAGGGGGGCUGGAAAUGCUAAUGAAGGGCUUCAUGUCCAGAGCUCCUCUCAGGACCUCGUGGACAUUUCCAUUGAGCAUCUUCUUCAUCUUGGUUGAAUGUCCCCUUUCCACAUGUUUGUUUGAAGAUUUAUUUUAUAAAGUCAACGAUGUUUGGUAACCUCAAAUUCUUAAUUUACAAUUUUUAUUAUAAAAAUUAUAUAACCGUGCUAUAGGAAAUUUAAAAAAUAGAGAAAAGGAAAAUAACCACUCUAAUGCAACAAAUAUGAUUCAUAUUAUUGUAUUUCAUGUUAGUCUUUUCCUGUGGAUAUCUUAGAUGCCAUUGUAACCUUGAAUUUGUGAGUGAAAAGUUGUCCUAAAAUGUAGAAAUAAUGUAGGAUCAGAGUCAGAUCUUCUAUACCUGGAUUUAUAUGGAUUUUAAAAAUCUCUGAUGGAUCCAUAGUGAAUUUGUAAUAAUUACUUUCUCUUUCCUUUAAGCCUUACAACUUUGUUCUUUGAAAGUGCCUUUCUUUUUUUUUUAUUUAAGCCAGUGAAAGUAUUAGUGGAGUCAUAGAUCUUCUAUAUUCAGUAUUUACUAUAUUAAUAAAUAUGACAUCAUUAAGGUUUUAACCAGUCUGAUUCAUUCUCUCUGUUAAAUCAAAAGUAAUCCAAAUUCAUUACUAAUCAAAAUUAUUAAAUAAGAGGAAUUUACUUGGUAGUACAAGAAAAGUAACAUGCCAUCCACGUUAGUUAAUAGUUUUCCCACACUGAUAACAGCUCUGAAAUUUGAGUAGCAUCUACACUUUUGUUUUUCCAAAUUGGCUUUCCUUUUAGUAGAUUGUGUUUCCAGAAGAGGGUACAAGGCAUAGACAGUUGUUUAGAAUUUUCCUCUUCUGUUUCCACGCACUUUGGGGGGACUAGGUUCAAGGUAGGCUUUGAGUGACCUUGGCGGGAUGGCGUAAGGAGCAACUCGUGUGUUAGCCAGAGGGCAGAGUUUAAAGCUGGCGGCCAUAAGAAAGAACUAACAUUUGUGUGUGUACACGUGCGCUGGUGUGUAAGCCUAGAGCCCUUGACUGCACCCUUGGUACUGCAUCUCUAAGCUCUCAACCCAGCCUAUAAAACCCCUUCUGUCGGAUCCUGAAGAUGGCCCAGGAACAUGCUUCCCAACAUUGGGUGGAAAUGGGAAAUUCAUUGAGAUGUUGCAAGCUGGAAAAAGAAAAUUCUGAGUUGACCCCAAAACUAGUGUCCUAAAUAAGGUCGUUCAGUUUCUCCGUCUUAAUAUGGAAAUCCUCAGAGAAAGACAAAAGCUAAUCUUUUCUUUCCUUAUUUCUAAAAAUUAUAAAAUUAAAAACAUUUCAUCAAGGUUGUA